UAACCACUUUUCAAGAAAAUAUUCACAAACAUAUAACCAGUUCAACAUAUCAUAUUCCCAUGUGAAUUCUUCUAUUUCUCUAAAAUCACUCCCUCUUAGAGGUAAUAGUUUAAACUCUUCUAUUCUAACAUUUCUUGAUGUUUGCUAAUGUUUGCAAAGAUCUCACAUCUCUUGAUGUUUCAUUUAACUCGUAGCAACGUAUUCCAUAUGAGGUUGGAAACAUGAUUUUUCUUCAAUAUCUUGAUCUCUCAAAUAAUGAGCUCCAAGGGAGUAUACCAAACUCCUUUAAGAGUAUGCGUCAAUUGAAUGGUUUGAUCUUAAAUUCACUUCCUAAUCUUUCAUGCUUUUCAUCUCUAUUGGUAUUAUCCCUACACAAUACCAACCUUGUCGGUCUAGUACCCAAAUGGUAUUUUCAUUCUCUUGUAAAUUUAGAUCUUUCUCAUAACAAUUUGAGUGCUGUGGAUAUCAUUGAUGAUGCAAAUCCGCCGUCCAUAAUCGAUCUAGAUCUGAGUUUUAACCGAUUUGAGUGCUGUGGAUAUCAUAGUCUUAGGUCAUUGUCUCUCUCUUCCAAUAAGUUGAAUGGUAUGAUUAAUGAAACACAUCUAUCAAACUUAUCUGAGUUGACAUUGUUGGAUGUGUCUCAAAACUCAUUGUCAUUUAACAUGAGUUCACACUGGAUACCUCCUUUCAAACUUGAAAAUCUAUAUGUAUCAUCAUGCCAAUUGGGUCCUGAAUUUCCAGUAUGGCUCAAACAUCAAACAGAACUUUCUGAUCUAGACAUCUCUAAUGCUGGUAUUUCAGAUUCAUUUCCUAAAUGGUUUUAUUAUUUAUUUUCAAGAAUGGUAUCCUUGAAUGUUUCACAUAACAAACUUUACGGACCGUUGCCAAAGUCACCUCCAAGAACCGAAGAUGAAUAUGUUACUGGUGCUGAUCAUGUGAGGGAUUUUAGGUUCAAUAAUUUGAGUGGUUCAUUGCCUGCUUUAUCGAACUCAACGGUUUCAAGAGAAAGCUUUCACCAUUUCGCAACACCAGUUUAUCACUUAGUCAAUAUAUGUUCCAUAUGGAACGUGGUUGAAUUUUAGAGUUAGUCUUUAGGUACUCAUUUACCUUACCACUGUUACGUCUCCUCAGAUAAUAAUGAAUUUUCUAAUGAAUGUAUUAUUUAUAAUAAAGGAAGUCAACUUUUGUGUGUAUUGUUUGA